UCUUAAUCAGACUGUUUUUUGGUCCGAGGGAAAGGAGGAAGAAGGAGAUUGUGAUGGAGAAAGAGGGUCUGUAAAACGUCAGGCACCGCACAAAGGCUUUGCCACGUAAUUACAGGCUCCUAUUAAGUCGAGAUCUGCCCUCCCAGGGGUCUCCAAUUUUCUUGUAUUCCCUACAAAGCCUCCUCUGCAUGCCAGUUUGUGCCUUUUGAAGUGCCAGAGAGCUUCUUGAUCCAACUGAGAAGGAAAAAGGAGCUCAGCAAGAAGAGGGGGAGAGAGAGAAGGGAAAGGGGGCAAACCCACCACCACCCUCCGUCGGACUCUUGAAGACCUUUUUUUUUUUUCUUUUUUCCCCUCCUUACGAAAAGUAAAGUGAGAAUCCUGCUCUCCAGUACAUCUGCAAGACAUCACCCUCUCCUCCUGAAACUUUAGUCACUCCUGAGAAUCCACAGGAGUGCAGAGAGGGGGAAUACGUUUUCUUGAAGAUGUUUUAAAGCUGGAACAAGCCUCUUCUGUUGGUGCUUGAACUCUUGCCUGGGAAUAACUUUUUUAACCUUAAAAAAAAAACCCCACUUUGAUUCUUCUCUCCCACCCCUUCUUCUCUCUUCUUCUGUUUGCCUAACUCCCCCGCCCUGCUGGCCUCCCCUUUCCUCUCUCCCCCUUAUUAUUUUUAGUGUGUGCGUGUGGACGCUUUUGGAGAGCUCCAAGGAAUUUUUUUCUCCUGACUUGAACAUAGGGUGACUUUUUAAUUUUACUUUUUGGUGUGGAUUAUCUCUUUGGACCGCGCCGGACUUGGCCUCAGGAAAGCAACCGAGGCUAUCGAAGGCUGCUGGUGCAGAACGCCCUGCUCUGCAGAAGGGGGUCCCCCGCCCUCUUUUCACUUUUUUUUGUCCUUCCCCUCCUUCUCUCUCUCCCUCUCUCUCUCUCUCUCUCUCUCCACUCCCCCCUCUCUCUUCCCCACUCGGCUCCUCUCCCCCCUCGCGCCCACAGCGUUUGGUGUUGAUUCGAGCGGGAAGAGGGGGGUGGGUGGGAUCGGAGGGGGAGACCAUGACCUCCAGCUACGGGCACGUUCUGGAGCGGCAACCGGCGCUGGGCGGCCGCUUGGACAGCCCGGGCAACCUCGACACCCUGCAGGCGAAAAAGAACUUCUCCGUCAGUCACCUGCUAGACCUGGAGGAAGCCGGGGACAUGGUGGCGGCGCAGGCGGACGAGAGCGUGGGUGAGGCGGGCCGGAGCCUACUGGAGUCGCCGGGACUCACCAGCGGCAGCGACACCCCGCAGCAGGACAAUGAUCAGAUGAACUCAGAGGAAAAGAAGAAGAGAAAGCAGCGGAGGAACAGGACGACCUUCAACAGCAGCCAGCUGCAGGCUUUGGAGCGUGUCUUUGAGCGGACACACUACCCAGAUGCUUUUGUGCGAGAAGACCUGGCACGCCGGGUGAACCUCACCGAGGCCAGAGUGCAGGUGUGGUUUCAGAACCGAAGAGCCAAAUUCCGCAGGAAUGAGAGAGCCAUGCUGGCCAAUAAAAACGCUUCCCUCCUCAAAUCCUACUCAGGAGAUGUGACUGCUGUGGAGCAGCCCAUUGUACCUCGUCCUGCUCCAAGACCCACCGAUUAUCUCUCCUGGGGGACGGCCUCUCCGUACAGCGCCAUGGCUACUUACUCUGCCACAUGUGCCAACAAUAGCCCUGCACAGGGCAUCAACAUGGCCAACAGCAUUGCCAACCUGAGACUGAAGGCCAAGGAAUAUAGUUUACAGAGGAACCAGGUGCCAACAGUCAACUGAGGAAAAAAAUAAAUAAACAGGCCCGAGAAGAAAUCAAAAACCAUAAGACACCUAUCCUGCUCUGUCAUUUCUUCAUCUGCUGGAAAAAAAAAAUAAAAACAAACAAACAAAAAACAGAACUAAAAUAUUGGGACCAUGGCAGAGAAAAGCAGGAGAGGAGCAAAAUGAAAAUUAGUUACCAAAUGUUCCUCCUCCCUCUGGGAUACCACCACCACUUGUUUCUGUGUGUGUUAAUUUUGUUUUUCCUUCUAUUCAUGCGCUUUGCUUAAUAUACUCCGAGCUUCUUCUGUUAGGUUCAGACCACCCACCCCAAUGAUGUAUGGGUUUUAAAAAAAUCUACAGCAGCCAAAGAAACCAUAUAAAUAUUCAGAACAAUUGUCUCUAGUCUCCUCAAUGACCUAUUGGAACCUCAGUGCCUUACCCUAUCCAUCUUCCCAAUUCUCUGUAUAGAAGCUCUAAGAACUUCUGAAAAGCCAAAGUCUUUCUGAAGAAUCUGUGCCAGACAUGAUUCCCUUUCUCAUUGUCUCCAUCUCUGUCGGUCAUGGUAAGAUUUUUCCAUCAGCUACUGGAAAAAAAGCAAUUGUGCACAACAUCUGGUCACUGGCCUCUCUGAUUCAAUGUGAUUGGCUGUGUCUGGCUAAUUCUAAGCUCUGAGCUCUAGAUUUAAGCUCUAGAUAUAAGCUCUAGAUUUAAGCUCUAAGAUAUAGAUGAUAAUAUUGCCAUCACUACCACCCCUCACCCCCAUCCAAACAAUCAGCCGUCUCAAGUUAACAAUAUUUGUUGUUUUUGAAUGAUUUGCUAUCGUGGGCUAUUUGAUAGAAGAAAUAUUUUUCACUUGAGAGAGGGAGGGAAAUUUCUCUAGGAAAACAAAGACUGAGUUGUGAAAGGCAUGGCCUACAUCUCUUUGGUGCCUUAAGGGUAGUCAGAUGCACACUUAUAUAUAUACUGUAUAUAUUUAUAUAUUAUAUAUAUAUAUAAAAUAUUCUUGCAAGCUUCAGUUUGCAGUUUCUCAAACACUACGAAACGCAAAUUUCGCACCACCACCACUGUCCUUACCUCUAUAGCGAUGAGAUGUUUCAUUAGGGAUCCUGUUUCCUUGCUUUCUCAUUAAGGCCACAGAGCAAUCGAUAGGGCAGCUGUUUGAGAACAGGUUUUAUUUUUACCUUGGGACUUUAAAUAAAUUAGAAACUAUUGAGGCUAUAAAAAUGUCCAUGAGUUUGGAGCCUGAGCUCUGGUGGAAUGCUGGCACAUCCUGAUCUGUCAUGAGAAUUCCUCUUAGAGAGAGGAGGAAAAGCCAUUUAGUCAUCUGCCCUGUCUCUAUGCAACAGGAACCUGAAAGACCCAGGUUUAUGUGGAAUGCUUAAAGAUUUGCCUAAAUUGUAAAAAUUUAAAUGGUAAUUGUGGGUUAUUUUAGUUUUCUAAUAUCGUGAAAUAAAGUUUAGUAUCUAGGGCUGGGAGCCAGGACUGACCUUUCUUUGUUUCUUUCCCCUUGUUUCCAGCUGUGCUUUUUUAACUUGUCAGGUGGACUUGACCAAACCACAUUACCAUGCUGUGCCUCAGUUUACUUUUUUGCAAAAUGGGUUUAACAAUACUUACCUACCUCACAGGGGUGUUGUGAGGCUCUGUUCAUUCGCUCCUUCGCUCUUUCCUGUGUUCUCUGUAUGUCCAGCACUUUGUAGCCAUGGGAGGAAAGGGACUCUGAAAGUUAAUAGAAGGAUACAGUACCUGGAAGCCUGGUUUUCUAGCAAGGGAAUGCGACCUUGCUGUAUAUACUUAUAACCUUGCAUUUGGAAAGGGGAAAUAGGUUUAUAAUUUACAGACCUCUCAAAAAUCACAUCGUUUGACCAAAGAAUAAUUUAAGACACACAGAAUAGACAUAUUUUUGACAUAUUUCCAUCCUGACCAGCUUGGCUCUUAUAAUUUUAGUUAUCAGUGAUUAAAAAGCUUUAGAUUGAUUUUGGCCAACUAUGCCAACUUUGAGUACAGAAAAGGAAUUUGAAGUUUAAGAUGCACUUUUAGCACACAUUUGUUAUUCCUUGGGCAUAUCAGAUUGAGAAAACGGUGGUAUUUUUUCAGUCAAAUAGCCACCAAACUGAAAAUGUUAUUUCAAAUGUUGAUUCUGUUACUUCCUUUGAUAACAAGAAGGAAGCUCAUCUAAAGCAUUUUGCUCUUAUCAACUGAUUCCCUCUUCUUUUAACCUAGUAUUGAAACAUUUCUUACUGAAUGGUUCAUGUAGGCUGGCUGAACAACACACAUUACUUGCUUCCUAAAGAGUCUCUCAACUAAUUCUUUUGUCUCACUAGCUGCUGCAGAUUAUCAAAUUUCAAAGGAACCGUGUAUCCUAACAGAUUUAAACAUUCUUUGUGAAAUGAGUUUAAUCCAAGACAUUGGUGAACUUUUGGAGUUUGGAGUUUGGGGAGAACAGCUAAAAGAGGAUUUGGGUCAUAGUGCAGGGAACAGAAAUCACACAUUAAGAGAUUUUACUAUGAAGGGGAAUCUUAGAAGAGGGAGUAAAGAGAUAGAGGGUUAUGUGAAACAAAGCCUUUUGAAGCUUUCAUGCUGACAUCCAUUUUCCGUGGGGAACAGAGAAGACUGAAGCCAUGACCCAAAUGGGAGAUGAAACUGGGCAGUUUUACCCAAUGCCUGGGCAAGCAAUAUCUGGGAAUAUCAUAAAGUGCUGGUCAGCCAUAGGAACUUUCAUUGUUGGUUAAUAAUACCACAAGCAUCUAUUAUCUAAGCACCUGAUCAAGAAGUAUACACAUGGUUCAAGCACUCAGUUUUGUUCAUUUAUUAUUGAUUUUAAAAAAACAGAAGUUUGGUAUGUGAUUUGGAGGAGUAGCUUUCUGGCUCCUAAGCCAGGCGUCAACAGAGGGUCUCAGGGCCACAAAGUAUGAAAGCAUGCCCUUGUUCCUCACCAUCAUUGUACCCAGACACGGGUGAAUACAUACAAACUGCCUGUGCCCCCAAUCCCUCCCCAGACAAGAUGCUGAAUUGUAGGAUACUUGACACAUUAAAUCAAAUCAGAAGAGGUGACCGAAUAAAAAAGGGAAUGACAUUUAGGGUAUAAAGAUUUCAUAAGAAAUGUAAUAUGUAAAUUAUAUCUUGCUUUAUGAUGUAAAAUAUACAUUGUCUGCGCUAGAAUAGAAAUGAUUCCUUUUCAAUAAAAAGAAAGAAGGAUGCUA